UCCUCGCCGCCUUUUGCGUCCUCACAGAGGCGGGCCAGAGCGAGCCACACGGAAAGAGAGAGAGAGAGAGAGAGAGAUUGAGAAAGAGAGAUCGAAAUAUAUAUAGAGAGCGAGAGAGAGAGAAAGAGAGAGAGAGACCGGCGGCUUCCCCGGCUUAGCUGGUGGAUUUCCAACCUUUUCUUCUUCUUCUCGGCGGCUCCUCCCCUUGGCGGUCCCCUCCUCUGACUCCAUCAAAUCCUCGGACGUGAACAGUUUCACUGAAAAGCACUUUUUUUGGGGAGGGAAAGAGAAAGGACGGAAGCAAGAAACCAAGCGGGGGGAAAGCACCGGAUCCAAAUUCCCGGAGUUUUCGGGAUUUGUGUUUUUGCUUGGAUUGCGCGCCUCCUCUCCCAGGGGAAAGAAGAGACCUUGGGGUUGGCAAAGGAGCUUCUCUAGUCGCUCUCCUUUCCCCCUCCCUCCUUAUUCAGAACCAAGAUACCCUCCUCCCCUUUGCUCGCCUUGCGCGCCUCUCUCCCUGCUCCACACUCAACUCUCUUCUUUCCUUUCUCCGUCUCUCUCUCUCUCUCUCUCUCUCUCUCUCUUUGCAAGGCAUGGAGAGAGAGGCUGGCCGCUCUUUGGCUUGGCUCGCCUGGGCAUGGCUUUUGCUCGGGUCCUUCGCCGGGGCUGAGAUCACUUGCAGGUCUUCCCGGGCUGCUUCUUUCCGCGGGAAGGGGCUUCAGCAGCAACAGCCCUCGCCGCAUCCGCUGGAGCUUCCUCGGGGAGUGUCGCUUGGGCCGAGAAGAAGCGAAGGUUUCCACGGGGAAACCCUGCAGGGGAAAGCGGGCUUUGGAGGAUGGGGAAACCCACUGGAUGGCGGAGAGACGGAAGCACACCCAAGCCCCAGCAAAGCGCCUCCCCGGAGCCGAGCUAAGCAAGUUCGGGGUAAAAGGACUCGGAGGGAUCUGGUGUCGAUGCCGCUUGGGAAGAGCGGUUUGGGUCCAACGCCAAGCCGGAGCUUUCGGGCGCGGAGGGACAGCGAGCAGCCUUUUGCGCCGGACGCUUUGGGGAAGGAAAAGACCCCCAGGGGCUUUCAAGGGGGCUCCUCUUUCACCCAGGGCUCCCGAGAGGAAGGGCGGAUGGGCAAAUUGCGCGCAGGAGGAGCAGCGGGAGGCAGCGAGGAGUUGAGGUUGACCAGCACCACCUUUGCGCUCAACGGAGACUCGGCCCACAACCAAGCCAUGGUGCACUGGUCCGGCUACAACAGCAGCGUGAUUCUCAUUCUUACAAAGCUUCAUGAUUUCAACUUGGGAAGUGUUACUGAAAGCUCACUCUGGAGAUCCACAGAUUAUGGUACUACUUAUGAAAAGCUAAAUGACAAGGUGGGAUUGAAAACAGUGCUGAGCUAUCUUUAUGUCAGUCCUACUAAUAAGCGGAAGAUAAUGCUAUUGAGCGAUCCUGAGGUUGAAAGCAGCAUAUUGAUUAGUAAUGAUGAAGGGGCCACCUACCAAAAAUAUCGACUCAGCUUCUACAUCCAAAGUCUCCUCUUCCAUCCUAAACAAGAAGACUGGAUUCUAGCAUAUAGUAUUGACCAAAAGCUCUACAGUUCAAUGGAUUUUGGGAGAAGAUGGCAGAUCAUGCAUGAGCGGAUUACACCAAACCGAUUUUACUGGUCUGUCACAGGCUUGGACAAGGAGCCUGACCUUGUACACAUGGAGGCUCGGAGGACAGAUGGACGUGCCCAUUAUAUAACCUGUAGGAUUCAAGAAUGUUCAGAAACAACCAGAAAUGGACCUUUUUUGCACUAUAUUGAUGUUAGCUCACUUGUCGUCCAGGAUGAAUAUAUUUUCAUUCAGGUGACUGAUGGCGGAAGAGCAAAUUAUUAUGUGUCCUACAAAAGGGAACCCUUCAUGCAGAUAAAAUUGCCCAAGUACUCACUGCCAAAGGACAUGCAUAUUAUCAGCACAGAUGAGAAUCAGGUGUUUGCGGCAGUUCAGGAAUGGAACCAGAAUGACACAUACAACCUUUACAUCUCUGAUACCCGAGGGGUCUACUUCACCUUAGCCUUGGAGAAUGUCAAGAGCAACCGAGGACUUGAGGGGAAUGUCAUUAUUGAUCUGUAUGAGGUAGCAGGGAUCAAAGGCAUAUUCCUGGCUAACAAGAAAGUGGAGGACCAAAUUAAGACUUUCAUUACCUACAACAAAGGGAGAGACUGGCGCUUGCUACAGGCUCCAGAUUCGGAUUUGAGAGGAGACCCCAUACAUUGUCUGCUGCCCUUCUGUUCUUUGCACUUACACCUUCAAAUCUCGGAAAAUCCUUACACGUCAGGCAGUAUCUCAAGCAAAGAAACAGUUCCUGGACUACUUGUUGCUACAGGCAAUGUGGGUCCAGAAUUAUCAUAUACUGAAGUUGGAAUGUUUGUUUCUUCUGAUGCUGGAAAUUCUUGGAGACAGAUCUUUGAGGAAGAAUACAGUGUGUGGUUCCUUGACUGGGGUGGAGCACUUGUAGCCAUGAAGCACACAUCGAUGCCCAUUCGUCAUGUGUGGGUGAGUUUCGAUGAAGGAAGAACCUGGAAUAAAUAUGGUUUCACAUCAGCACCGCUCUUUGUGGAUGGCUCCCUAGUGGAGCCAGGCAUCGAAACACAGAUAAUGACGAUUUUUGGCCAUCUCAGUCUCCGUUCUGAGUGGCAACUCAUAAAAGUGGAUUACAAAUCCAUCUUUAGCCGGAGAUGUACCAAGGAUGACUUCCAGACAUGGCAUCUUCACAACCAGGGUGAACCUUGUGUCAUGGGAGAAAGGAAAAUCUAUAAGAAGCGAAAGGCAGGGGCAUGGUGCUCACUGACUAGAGACUAUUCAAGAACAGUUGUUUCCGAACCUUGCAUCUGCGCUGAAUGGGACUUUGAAUGUGACUAUGGCUAUGAAAGGCACAGCAAUAAUCAAUGUAUCCCAGCAUUCUGGUUCAACCCAUCUUCCCAGUUGAAAGAAUGCAGCCUUGGUCAGAGCUACCUGAACAGCACUGGGUAUCGGAGAAUUGUUUCUAAUAACUGCACAGAUGGGCUGCAGGAAAAAUAUGCAGCCAGGUCUGAACAAUGUCCGGGCAAAGCUCCUCGGGGUCUGCAUAUCCUUACAUCAACUGGCAAAUUGGUAGCAGAACAAGGAUACAACACUACUUUCAUAAUACGCAUGGAGGAGGGUGAUCUCCAAAGGACAAAUAUCCAGCUAGAUUUUGGAGAUGGCACUGCUGUGUCCUAUGCUAAUUUCAGUCCUAUAGAAGAUGGUAUCCGACACAUUUAUAAGAGCACCGGGAUCUUCCAAGUGACUGCCUAUGCUGAAAAUAACUUGGGUUCUGAUCUGGCAGCACUCUUUUUGCAUGUGGUCUGUCCAGUGGAACGUGUUGAUUUGAGAGUCCCAUUUGUGGCCAUCAGAAAUAAAGAAGUCAAUCUCACUGCUGUUGUUUGGCCUAGUCAGUCGGGUACCCUCACCUACUUCUGGUGGUUUGGAAACAGCACAAAGCCAUUCAUAACCUUGGACAGCAGCAUUUCUUAUACUUUCACUUCUGAAGGAAUGAAUACUAUCACAGUACAAGUCUCAGCUGGCAGUAUUCUCAUCCAGGACACGAAGGAUAUUGCUGUUCAUGAAUAUUUCCAAUCUCAGUUGUUAUCAUUCUCCCCAAAUUUGGAUUAUCACAAUCCAGACAUCCCUGAGUGGAGAGAGGAUAUCGGCAGGGUCAUCAAGAGAGCCCUGGUACAGGUGACUGGUAUUCCCGAAGAACAAGUUCUGGUGGCAUUAUUCCCUGGUUUGCCCACCUCUGCUGAACUCUUCAUCUUACCCCAUCAAAACAUAUCAGACAGAAGGAAAGGCAGCGAAAAUGACCUGGAGCAGACGGUUGAAAUCCUCUUCAAUGCAUUGAAUCAGAACCUGGUCCAGUUUGAACUGAAGCCCGGUGUGGAAGUCAUAGUGUAUGUCACUCAAUUGACAUUAGCACCUCUUGUGGACUCGGGUGCUGGGCACAGUAGUUCAGCAAUGUUGAUGCUGUUGUCUGUGGUCUUUGUUGGCUUGGCUGUUUUUUUAAUCUACAAGUUUAAAAGGAAAAUCCCCUGGAUUAAUAUAUAUGCUCAGGUCCAGCAUGACAAGGAACAAGAAAUGAUUGGUUCCGUCAGCCAAAGUGAAAAUGCUCCCAAAAUCUCUCUGAGUGAAUUCACAGAUCCUGAAGAACUCAUGGACAAAGAGCUGGACACACGAGUUAUAGGAAGUAUCUCAACGAUCUCCAACAGCGAAAGCACAAAAGAAAUACCCAACUGCACUAGUGUUUGAUACCAGGAAUCAACUCUGACAGUGACAUUUCUGAGUUUUUAUUUUUAAUUAAUAAUAUUAUUAUUACAAAGGGAAAAUUCUAUGUCAUUAUUAUAAUAAUAAUUAUUAUCAUUAUUAUUAUUAUUGGGUGAAGGGUAUGGGAUUUUUUUUAAAGUUCUGGUUUUUUAAAAUGUUUUCUUCCCUGGGGCCACAUUCAUAAAUUUAAUAUUUGAACAACUGUAUCAUAGAAAAAUACAAGCUUCAUGGAAAGCAGGAGUAAGACCCUGAACUUACAUUUUGGGGUACAUUUUCUAUUUUCUUGUGCAGCAAAAAUAAUUGUCCUACUUUGCUAGUGGUGGAUUCAAAAGACAAUUGGAUUGUUCAGAACCAGGCUUGUUCUUAUACAGUAUCGGGUUCUCCCCCCACUUAGCAGCCUGUUGGAUCCAGUCCACUGAGUAUAUAUAUAAUAUUGUAUAUCUUUGAAAUGGGGAAAUAAGCCUUCCAUGGUUAACUCUGUCUGGGUUCUCAUGAGGGUGGGCAGGAUGCACAAAAUGGCCACUAACACGCCUGACCAAGUUUAUGAAUGAGGCCCUCCCUGGUGCAUGUUAAUACUGAGGAUACUGAUGGCAAACUGUAGAUAAUGACCAUGUAAAUAUCUUUUUAUUUCCUGAGAAAUAAUUUAAUGUUUAGUAAAAGAAAAUUUAAAAUGAUCAAAUCACACACAUGCACACCCCCUUCACACCUACAUAAGAAGCAAAACAGUUCACUGAGAUCCUGCAGUGAGCAGCUGAAUCACAUGUGGGGUCUAAAUACGUAUCAGUUGCCUGUCAUAUUUAACUCUUGAUCAAUAUUGCAAAGAGGAAUUAGAUAAAGAAUGAAAUGUAUCUCAGUGAUUUUAAGAUACUGGGUAAUUAAUACCUUGGAAUUAAAAACUCACCUAAGGUAUUUGAUCUUCUAUGGAAACAGUGGGUCUUCGGUAUCUACUCGCCUUUUGGUAGGACACCUUGUGGAUACCAAAAAUCCAUGGAUAUGGUCAGUCUGACUGUAUGGAAGUGAAUCACAUCUUUAAUUACUCUAUCAUGAAGUUUCAGAAAUAGUCCAUUCAAAUCAUGAAAUAUUCAUUUAAAUCAGAGGGUUGGGCAGGAAAAUAUGUGUGAACAAGAAAGCAAGAGAAUAAUGAAUCUAGUUUUAAUUUUUAACCUAAGCUAUUGGUUACCACAACAAAUUGAAUGGUUCCUUCUCUGCCACGUUCAGUCCUUAAACCUUUGAAUCUUCCACAAUUUGUUCUACCUAGUCAUGGUCAUGUUUACCACACUUUAUACCAGCUUCACUGUAUUAAUUUCAAAUUCAGCAGAUGAUGAUAAUGAUGAUGAAGAUGAAGAUGCAAGUGGGCAUGCUGAUGUUUCUGUGUGAUUGUCUCUAGCCUUUGUAGUGCUGAGCAGCUCUCCAGUGAAAAUGAUCUGAGAUCAGAAACACCAGAUGUUACAAACCAGCAUGGUAUAAUUAUUCUCGCAGCAGUAAAGAAAUCUGACCGGUCAUGAGAAAUAAUGAGAUAAACUAGGUAACUCAGAUGAGGGAUUUUGGCUUUGCCAUGAAAUACGUUCCAUUUCAUUGAUGGUGAAGCUGUUUUUAACUGAACAAUAGCAUGCUUUAUUACUGGAUUCAUCUGUAUGCAGUGGAAGUGUCCAUACUGAAUUUAAGCCACGAACUGAUCUGAGUUCAUGAUUGUAACCAGCAGUAUAGUAAAGCAAUUGCCCAAUAGCAAUUUUUUUCCUGGAAGUCUCCAACACCAUAGCUCAAGUAGCUCAAAUAUAAGUAGAAAUGGAGCCUCCAGUGGCGCAAUGGGUUAAACCAAUGAGCUGCUGAACUUCGAAUUUCGGGAGCAGCUGUUAACUCCAGCUUCUGCCAACCUAGCAGUUCAAAAAUGUGCAGAUGUGAGUAGAUCAAUAGGCACUGCUCCAGUGGGAUGACAAUGGCAAUCAUUCCAGCCACAUGACCUUGAAAGUGUCUAUGGAUAAUGCCUGCUCUUCGGCUCAGAAAUGGAGAUGAGCACCAACCCCCAGAGUCGGACAUGACUAGACUUCAUGUCAGGGAAAAUGUUUACCUUUACUAUAAGUAGAAAAACAGCAACAAUUGAGAAAUAUUCAGCCCAUCCUCAAACUCCUGAUUUGCUCAAGUCAAUAACACUACUGUAUAGGAAAUUGCCAUUACAGCUAAGUGUUCCAUCAAGAUAUUUUUGAGAGACUAAUGAUGAUAUGGCUUCCAAGACCUUAAAAGGGCCUCACAUGCAGAGGGGGUUCAACCACCAGGCCAACUAGGCAGUUGACUGUGGUACCAUCUUGUUGGGGGUGCCAUCGAGGCAACUCCUGUCUCCUACGGUCUGCCUCCACAAGGUAUUGAACUGCUUUUUCUGUUGAUUUGUUGUAAAACAUGUUUUAGUGCUUAAUUUGUACAAUCUUAAUGUAAUUUGAUGUUUAAUAGGCUUUUCCUUAAUCCCUCCUUAUUAUCAAACAUUUUCGCUUAUCCAACACUUUUAUUUUUCAGUGAUUGGUUUGGGGAGGGGGCGCCAAAAUUCUGUUCGCCUACACUUGAAAAAUACCUAGGGCUGGCUCUGCUCACAUGGAAGGAAAAAAGUCUGUGAAAUACAAAGGUCUCACUAGAAUCAGAUAUCAAAGCUAUAAUCAACAAAAAUUUUCUUCCCUAACAGAGGUUGUAUGUUCUGUUUACUUAUUUACCCUAUUUAUAACCCGCUUUCUCUACCCCAAAGGGGACUCGAGGCAGCUUGAGUCCUAGCAGAUUAAAUCAACAGCUGUUUCUAUUUCUUGAACUUGAAAUGUAAUGAUAGCAAAAAUGUCCAAAUAUUAAAUUCAGAUCUUGGAGGGAAAAUAUUUCCUUCAACUACAACUCUUGAAAUCCACUGCUAUGCAGUUCAAAAAGUAACUUUUCAACAUGGUUUCCUAUACAAUACCAACCCAGUUCAUCAGUCUCUCAUUCCUAGCUUUGCUAAUCUGGGUACUUUCACAUGCAAGACCCAUGCUUCCUCUUUUAGAUAAUUAUGUAUAGGAUUUCAGUUACAAGAGGGCUCUUAUAUCCUUAAUGGUUGUAUAGAAGAUGCCCCUGGUGGUGCAGCAGAUUGAACUGCUGAGCUUCUGAACUUGCUGACUAAAAUGUCAGUGGUUUGAAUGUGGAGAAUUGGGUGAGCUCCUGCUGUUAGCCCCAGCUUCUGCCAACCUAGUAAUUCGAAAACAUGCAAAUGUGAGUAGAUCAAUAGGUACCAUUUCUGCGGGAAGGUAACAGCAUUCCAUUAAGUCAUGACAGCAAGAUGACCUAGGAGAUAUCUAUGGACAACGCUGGCUCUUCGGCUUAGAAAUGGAGAUGAGCACCAACCCCCACAGUCGGACAUAACUAGACUUCAUGUCAGGGGAAAACCUUUACCUUUAGAAGAAAAUACUUCUGCGUUUUUUGUUACCUGGUUUGCAUGACAAAGCAACACCACCUGAUAUAUGAGCCCUCCCAGUUUUUGAUCCAACAACUCUAAUGAAAGCCAAAACAAACCCACCGCAAAAUAAAUAAAUGUUAGACCAGAAAACAGACAAUGCAUCAACAAGUCAAAUAAAAAACAACUACCACCACAAUUUUCCAAAAAAGCUAUUCACGUUGAAUUCCUUUUUUCUUUGCCUGGAAAUAAAUGCUAUGUAGAAGGGAAUAAUACAUUUCAGAAGUAAUGAAGUAAGUCUCUAUAAUCAUGAUUCCUGGUGAGCUGCUCUAUUUUGAUUAGAAUAGUUUGAAGAAAAAAAAGAUAGUAUAUCUGCUGGCAUUGAUCAGGACUGAAGUGCUCUAACCCUCUGUGGUGCUGCCCCCAUCAUCUGCUGAUCUCUGGAUUGUCUUCUGGGCUGGGCUUGCCUUAGGAGCCCUGGAUAUUGGCUCCAUAGUCUCCACUGAGUACAGCUUCUCCAGACAGAGAGAGCAGGGAUCCAAAUGUAUUACUUUUGCAAGCUGGCAAAGUGGCAUAUUUUGUUUUUAUUUAUGUUAAGCUUAAAUAAGACAGACAACUGUGAUACUUAUUUGAAAUGAAGUAUGACAAAUGCAUGAAUCAUAUAUAUACAUAAAAGUACCUAUAUACUGUUCUUGGUUUUAUUGUUCCAUUUGAAUAUUUCUACUUUAAAAAAGGCAGUGGUUUUGAAAUUGUUGAAAAUAAAUGUAUUUUUGUACAUCAAA